AUGCACCACGUAUUCUCUGAAUACACAAAAGAAAAUUCGCCGCAAAGUGCGCGUGUAGCGCACACUGGUGUGCCAGCUGCUGCUACCUACACGAAGCCCGCGGUGCCACAUGUGGGCGUAGACGUCGCGCCUCCUGCCACCGCCUCACCACAGCAGCCGCUCCAGCGCCAUCUGCAGACUUAUACAUCGUCUCAUUCCCCAUCUAGGCCAAUGCGCCCCGAUGUCACUGGCGUUCCUCCUGUUGCAGCCAUGACUCGCACGCCGGUUCGCAGCUUGCAUCCAGCGGAUACCUUGCAGGCUUGGGAAAAGGAUAUUGUACAACUACCGGAGGUGCAGCGCAAGGCUACAUUGGCUCAAAUGUACUUUUUAAAUCACUAUUUCGACUCAUUGCGUUACCUGUCAGAUCGCCGUGCUCGUCUUGCUCAAUUCGAGCAGUCGAUGAAGAAGCGCGGGUGCUCACCCACACCGUCUGUGUCUUGCACCGCAGACCAGCUUUCCGAAUCGCUCCAGAACAUAUCUAUCGGGAAACCAGCUCAGCAACGAAUUUUGCCCAGCUCGUCUGAGUACCAGAAGGAGCGGGCGAAACUGAUGGCCUAUGAGCGUGAGCUGCUGCACAAACGUCGGACCAAGCUUCGUUUGCAGCAGUUCCAUAUCGUGACGCAAGUGGGUCAAGGUGGUUAUGGUGAAGUAUUCCUUGCUCGCAAACGUGACACGGGUGAGCUUUGUGCUCUCAAGCGGCUGCGUAAGCGUGUUUUAAUCAAGAUGGAUGAAGUGCGACAUGUGCUAACGGAGCGCGACAUUUUGACAGCAUCCAAGUCGCCUUGGCUCGUGCACUUGCUGUACGCAUUCCAGGAUGCAACACAUGUAUACUUAGCUAUGGAAUACGUGCCAGGUGGUGAUUUUCGUACGUUACUUAACAACAGUGGCGUCUUGCGCGAGGAGCAUGCGCGUUUCUACAUAUCUGAGAUGCUUGUGUCUGUCAACGAGCUGCACAAGCUGGGCUACAUCCACCGCGACCUGAAACCCGAGAACUUUUUGAUUGAUGCCACCGGUCAUAUCAAGUUGACAGACUUUGGUCUUGCCGCCGGUGCGAUAAACCCGGGACGCAUUGACUCGAUGAAACGGCGUCUGGACCAAGUGAAGGACACAGAUGUGAUAUACCGCACACCCGCUGAGCGCAGUUCUCUUUACAAGAACAUGCGCGCACAGAAUGUCCGCUACGCCGACUCCGUGGUAGGUUCACCAGAUUACAUGGCACCUGAAGUGUUGCGCGGGCGUGAGUACGGCGUGAGUGUGGACUACUGGAGUCUGGGUUGUAUUUUGUACGAAUUCCUUUGUGGCUUCCCGCCGUUCAGCGGUGCUCAUCCCGACGAGACCUGGACGAAUCUGAAGAAUUGGACCAAAGCGCUACAACGACCAGUGUAUGAGAAACCCGAGGAUCUGCAGUUCAACUUAUCCGAUGUGGCAUGGGACAUGAUUUUGCGCCUGAUCAACACACCAGAGCGACGCUAUCAUUCGCUCUCUGAAGUCCAGGCCCACCCAUUUUUCCGCUACGUUGAUUUAAUGCGGAUGCGUCAAGUCAAGGCACCAUUUAUUCCCCACCUCGAACAUGAGCUGGAUACGGGAUACUUCGACAACUUCGAUGAUCCAGCAGAUAUGGCUAAAUACAAAGAGGUGCAGGAAAAGCAGCGACACGUCGAGGCGAUGGAGGCCAAGAAUGGCAUGUCCGAUGGCGGUCGAGCCAUGUGGGUUGGGUUUACCUUUGGAAAGAACUGGGGCCAAAAGGUCCAGGGUGGUCAUACUACGGUUGAACCAGACCCCGAGAUGAGCGGCAAGCUCUCGACCAUGUUCUAG